GUCGUUCAGUGCUGUGCUGUGUGGAGGAGAGUGCCAUUAAACGUGCGUUGACUAUCAAACAUCGAACGUUCGACCGCCGGUUGAAUUGCACAGCGAAAUACAAAAUUUAUUCGAAUAAUUUUUUGCAAUCGCUCCGUAUUUAAAAACGGUAUUAUCGGAUCCAACGAAAAAAUAACUUUUAUUUUCUAUGAAACAUAAAAAAAUAAUGAAAAGUGUUUUUAGUUUGUAAGAAAAAGUGUUUAAGAAAAAUAUCGAAAAUACCAGUCUGAGUGUCAAAAAAAGUGUUUCCACAAUGAAUCCCAUACGUGAAGAGGAAGCGGAACAGCGAGUUCCCCUCAUGCCCAGUGAUUUAAAAAAUAAUUGUGAAAAUUCUCACAUUCCCUAUGCGGAUGAAAAUGACCCUGAGGAGUCCUCAGAACAAAAUUCAAAUGGUCAGCCCAUUAAGCUUCCAGGUUCGCGGAAACAAUCUUUGAGUAGUCGACGAAAUGUUGGCCUCACCAUUAACAUAAAUAGCUCCAAUCCAGUGCAACAUAAUGGUGAUGCCGAUAGUCCCACCACCCCACAAACUGCCUCCGAUAAUUCUACGAAAAUGGAUACCCCACCUUUACCACUGCCCCGUGCCCUGCGUCGUAAUUCCAUUUCAAUGCCGUCGGGCAUCAAUGCCAUUGAAGAACUGGAAGCCUUCCGGAUAAAACAUCAAAUGCAGGAACAAGAACCCGUUGUCGAGGAAGAAAAAACUCCCAGUCGAACAGACAGUGUUGUCGAUGAUAUAUCCGGUUCCGUUACCAUUAGUAUACCCGAACAAAAAAGUGUUCCCACCAUUCAAAUCGAAAAGCCUGAUGACGACAGUGAUGAUGAAUUGGAAAUACAUGGCAAAAGGAGAGAUCGCUUUCGAACACGCCGUAGAGCAUCGAUUGCCCCAUUGCCAGCCCUGCGUUUAAACAACAAAGAAAUGUUGGCCAGUGAUUUUGACUCGUACAGUGUGGCCAGUAAUCAGGCCUCAAUAACAAGUGUAAAUUCUUUGGCCAGUUUGCUAAGAGAGAAAAUGCAGGCCUUCCCACAAAUGAUAAGGAAAAAGAAACGGGAAACCAAGGAUUAUAAAAUUAAAAUAUUUGUCAUAAUUAUGUUCUUUAUGAUUAUAUUUUUGAUUGGCUUCGCUUAUGUCGGUUACCAUCGGAAAAUUUUGACCUAUUCGUAUUUUGAAAAAAUCAAAUUCAAUAGCAACGAUCGUAUACUAAGAAUUUUGAGUCACGACGAGAGAGAGGUGAUAUCCGGUCUAUUGGGCAAGACAAUAGGCAUGGAUAAUAAACCCUAUCACUGUUUGGAGGAUCACCGGAAACAGGAUGGUAGCGUUUGCAUCGAAUGGAAUGGCAUAGCACGACUGUAUAUGAAUUUCCAGGAUAUGGAUGUGUUCCGUUGUUACACCAUCAAUUGGCAAUCGUUGAGUCCGGGAAAUCAUCCCACCGAUUGUUAUGAGUUGCAGAGAAAUAAUGGUCUAUGGUUUGGCGGUGGUAUGACCAAAUCCAACGAAUGGUCGUUGAGUAAUGAUAACUUUGAUUUUGCACCAUUUUCAAGUGGUGAUUUGAAGGUCCAUCAGUUUGGUAAUGGUGUCAAGCGGUAUUUCAUUAAUUCCAUUGGAGUGGCCAUACAGGUGAAUGAUAAGACACCGUUGCAUGUAUCGGUGAAUACAACAACAAAUGAGUUUUGUUUGAAAGCUCGAAAUGAUGAAUUCACGUUUGUGAAUCAUCUGACCGAAUUACCGGAGCUGGAUUAUAAAAUUUGCACCACCGAAGAUAUGAAGAGCCUGCACAUGCUGAUGACCCAAAAAAGUCUAUGGGAUGGUCUGAAGGAGGCAGAUAUGGCAGUUAUCUAUUCGCUGAUACAGGAACCAGUGUGGCGUACACCCCACGGUGAGGAUAUGGAGUCGUUAAAUGAAACCACCAUUUACAAUUAUUCCGAGGACCUCAUUGCCAUGGGUCUGCCAUUGGGUCACAUUUUGAUCAAUGAAUUCUGGCAGGCGAAUGUGGGUGAUUUUACUGUGGAUCAACGUCGUUUCCCCACUCUGAACAAGACCAUUGAUCUGUUACAUCGUCGUGGUUUUAAAAUUGUUUUUACAAUCCAACCCUUCAUCAGCACGGAUAGUGAAAAUUUCAAGGAGGCAGUACGCAAGAAGCUGUUGAUCUAUGAACGUCACUCGGAACGCAGCAUUCCUGCCUUGACGCGUUACAAGAGUGCCACAAGUGCUGGGGUUUUGGAUAUAACCAAUAAUGCCUCUGUAUUUUGGCUUAAGGAGAAAUUGGAACGUCUAAAGGCUGAAUAUAAAGUUAAUAGCUUCUAUUUGGAUCUGGGUACGGGGUACAAUUUGCCCCAUUACUAUCAAUGUCGCCAGACAUUGGACAAUCCCGACAUGUAUGCCAAACUUUUUACGGAAAGUCUGGAGUCGGUUGGCUUCAUUGGUGUGUCCACGGCCAGUACGGUACCUAAACCCCCCGCUUUUCUUAGUACACCCCCAAUUAACUCCUCUUGGUCUGGUCUGAAGGAAGUCAUGUCGACGGUAUUAAAUUAUGGUGUGAUAGGCUAUCCAUUUGUCCUACCAGGAGCUGUGGGUGGUGAUUAUGCCUUGAACAAGACCAUGUCGAAAAUGAUUUCAUUUUAUUCGUUGGGUGAACCGCCACUCCCCGAUGAGGAGUUAUACGUUCGCUGGCUACAGCUAAUGACCUUUAUGCCUGCCAUGCAAUUCAGCCAUCUGCCAACCUAUUAUAAGGGUGAUUAUGUCAAGAAUUUGGCCAAAGACUUGGCUUUAAUACGUCAGCAGAAUGUUAUACCAGUUCUGCGUAAAUGUCUCAGUGAAUCGAUGAAUGAAGGUUUGCCCUUGGUGCGUCCGCUGUGGAUGUUGGAUCCCCAUGAUCCGGCAUGUUUGAGUAUAUCGGAUGAAUUUUCAUUGGGGGAAAUGUUGAUUGUUGCACCGAUCCUGGAACCCAAUGUGGAGGAGAGAGAAGUUUAUCUUCCGCAAGGUGUAUGGAAAGAUGGCAUCGAUGGCUCUUUGCGCAAGGGUAGCCGUUGGAUACACAAUUAUAAAGUGCCCAAAGAUAAAAUUGCAUUUUUCACAAAAAUGCCAGACAAUACUAGAUUUUAAAAUUUUAUUUUUAUAAUUAGUUAAGAUUGUGAUAGAUAAUUAAAAAGAAGAAAUGUAUAAAAAAGCACAGUGAAAUAUGGUUAUAACAGAUCCAUUAUACAAUAUAAACGAAUGUGUAUAGACUAAUUUCAUAAGAAAUGUAACCUAAAGUUAUUUUUCUCAAGCGGUAGCUAAAACGAUAUGUUAUAACUUUGUUUCAUUGUAAACGUUUUUUAUAUAAUAUUAAUGGCCUGGUUCUGGUAUGUCGAAUGAAAUUGGAUUUUUUAUUUUUUUUUUUAAAUAUCAAAAAAAAUCCAAAAUCCUUGAAAAUACGCAUAGAAUUGGUGUUUUUCUCUCGCAUUCAUUCGCAUCGACAUAUAUAAACAGGUCUUAACAAAAACUUAGUAUUAACAAAAACCAAAAGAAUUUUUUAACAAAAACCACAAAAUAUUUAAAUAAAUUUCCUUAAGUAGAACUACUUAUAUGAUGUCGCAAAUGCAAAUGUAUUAUUAUUGUUAUAUUUAUAAAUUGUUAUACGAUAAAAACAAUGUAUAUUUUUGCAGAUUUAGUAGAAAAAUACAUUCCUUACACAUUUAAUGUGACUUUAUAAAAUAUCGAA